UGUUUAUUAAAUCUUUACAAUAUUCAACAGCAAUACAAUUGCUACAUUUCCAGCAUUAAAACACCAGCUUAUUACUAUAUAAAAAUGGACAAACCCCUUAGUAAAGAUGAUAUAGCAGCUAUGGAGAACCAGCUGAAGGAAAGCGUGGAAAAGGAUCGACAUUAUUGGAGGGUGAACGAUGUCAAAUGCGACGCUAUUCAUACAGCGAAGACGUAUGAAGAAUUUGCGGAUCGAGUGGCCGCUGCUCAUUUACGGCCACUGGACAAAAGCGAUUUCUCAAAAAAAGCUAAAAAGAGUUGGAAUCAAUACGCCACCAACGACACGGAUUCAAAAGAAUAAUUGUGAUUUAAUAAAAAUAUAAU